GGACGAGCAAAACCUUUCGUCUUCCGGACAGCCUUAUCCGCACCGUGGGGACGUCUAGCGGCUCUCCGAUUUCCACUAUCCCUUCUCAUCGCUAUUUGAUCCUCUUUCCUUUGCGCUAACUCCAAAACCCUACCUUCUCCAAUCCCUCUCCCCUCGAAACCCUAGCUCCCAUGGCGGCCCUCCUAUCCUCCCAGUCCCAGUGCCGCUUCUCCGCUGCCGCCCCGAGAUCCUCCGUCUCGGCCAGGCGGAGCUGCUUCGAUGGCCACCGGAGACCCCUCUGGUUCCGCCGCCUAGGGUUCUGCUGCUCUUCUUCUUCAUCGAGGUUUCGCACACUCGAUUCCGGAUGGGGAGAUGUUCCGAAGAAGAACUCAUUUCACCUAAAGGAAUGUGCAAUUUCCAUAGCAUUGGCAAUUGGAUUGGUCACUGGUGUUCCUACAUUGGACUGGCCUGCACAUGCAUCCCCUUUAGGCCCUGUGCUGCCUGAUCUGUCAGUGCUAAUUUCUGGACCACCUAUUAAGGAUCCUGGUGCCUUGUUGAGGUAUGCAUUGCCAAUCAAUAACAAAGCCAUUCGGGAGGUUCAAAAGCCUCUUGAGGAUAUCACAGACAGUCUCAAAAUCUCCGGGGUUAGAGCAUUGGAUUUAGUUCAGAGAAAUGUAAGGCAGGCAUCUCGUGCUCUCAGUCAGGGGAGAACUUUGAUUCUGUCAAGUGUGGCUGAAUCAAAAAAAGAACAUGGACAAGUGCUGGUUGACAAGCUGGCCGCUGGAAUGGAAGAGCUCCAACGUAUUAUAGAGGAACGGGAUAGAGAUGCAAUUGCACCAAAACAAAAGGAGCUUCUACAAUAUGUUGGAGAUGUUGAAGAGGAUAUGGUGGAUGGUUUCCCGUAUGAAGUGCCAGAGGAAUACAGCAGUUUGCCUCUUUUAAAGGGAAGGGCAACUGUCGAUAUGAAGGUUAAAGUUAAGGACAAUCCUAAUAUACAGGACUGUGUAUUUCGCAUAGUUCUUGAUGGGUACAAUGCCCCCGUGACAGCUGGGAACUUUUUAGAUCUAGUGGAAAGGCACUUCUAUGAUGGAAUGGAAAUCCAAAGAGCUGAUGGCUUUGUUGUUCAAACUGGAGAUCCUGAGGGACCUGCUGAAGGUUUUAUUGAUCCAAGUACAGAAAAAAUCCGAUCAAUACCUUUAGAAAUCAUGGUUGCUGGUGACAAAACACCUGUCUAUGGUGCAACGUUGGAAGAACUUGGUCGAUAUAAGGCUCAAACCCGACUUCCAUUUAACGCAUUUGGAACAAUGGCAAUGGCUAGAGAUGAAUUUGACGACAAUUCUGCUUCCAGCCAGGUCUUUUGGCUGUUAAAAGAAAGUGAACUGACUCCUAGUAAUGCUAAUAUAUUGGAUGGGCGGUAUGCUGUGUUUGGAUAUGUUACUGAGAAUGAGGAUUAUUUAGCAGAUCUCAAGGUGGGAGAUGUCAUUGAAUCAAUCCAAGUUGUCUCGGGCCUCGAUAACCUUGUAAACCCAAGUUACAAGAUUGUGGGUUAGACUUACUCGACGGUACAUUUUUCAGUUUGGUUCUCUCAGCAUCUAUGUGGGCUUUGGAGCAUUCUUACGGUGGACAUGCACCGGAGCCUCAAAUUCUUUUGAAUAUUUAAAAACAUGACUUGCACAGCAGUUAAUUCAAAUCUUAGAAAUUUGUUGAAUCCAGUAUGUAAGCAAUACUAUCUGCACAUUUGCUUGUAUUGUCUGUUUAUGAGAUCGAUUGAAACUACCAGAAUCUAAGCAGGUUGAACCAGAAUUUUAUACUAGGUUGUUGUAUCUUUUUAGCCACGUGAGGUAAGCUGUAUGACAGUAUGAGGAAAUAUUAAUUAAGCCAUAAAUCAGCCUAAUCUA